GUAUGGUCUGAAUGCCUACCAAAUACUGAGGAUAAUGACGAUGUUAUCUAACUGCGUCAAAUUCUCAGUUCAAUUAACACAUAAACACAGCUGAGCAAGUAUUGAGCAAAGACAUCUCAAUGUUCAGUAAGUCCUCACCAACACCAAUAGUUCAGGAACAAAGUAUUGCUUCAAAAUUUACAAUAUGGGUUCAGCCUGUAAAACUCAUUCCUGCAGAUUUCAAGGCCAUGAUUCUGGCAUUGAUGGGUAUGGUCUCAAUGUCUAGCAAAUCCAGGUUCAUGGACACUCAGCCUAUCAUAAAGACAAAUAAAUACAGCAUAGGAAUUCCUCUGCCAGUCAUUCUAAUGGAUAGACCAAUAACCCAGGUGAGUUCUCUAUGUUCUUCAUUCCAGAAAUCACAAAAAGUAUGAAUUAUUGUCUCAACAAAGUUCAGUCCAGAGCAUAUUUUCACUCCUUCCACAUGACUAAAGAGUAAAGAGCCAUCUUUUGUUCACCCAAACACCUGUUUUGUUUCAUAAUACCACUCUCACCCCAAGGCUAUGGUCUCACAAAUGUAUAAUAAUGCACAAUUGACCAAAACCUCAUGGAGACCUUCUCAACUUCAAAGACAAAAAGCGUAGAUUAACAACUUCAAACAAAACAGUGGGAAAUGUCUCUGGUGUUAUGAAUUUUUGGUUACCUAAGGUUAAGUAUUCUUCCUUAAUAAAUAUACAAACAAUGAUAUAUACAAACAGACCAAAAGAUGGAUGAUGCAAUGAUUUAGUACCCAUUCACCCUCGGAUUCACCAAUGAAAAAAUACCAAUUCAUAAGAGACUCAAUUUUUAUUCAAGUGUGUUAGUAAAUAGCCAAGAAUUAUCACCUUUACACACGAAGAUGCCUCUCCUACAGAGAAGGGCAGAACCCGAGCCUUUUAAAACCAGCCAAAAAAAACCUUCACAGAACAUACCCCCCCCUAUAUAUGCUUAAAAAACAUAAACCCAACGGUACAAUCUUUUAACGACUCUAUGGUUGUGGCCUCAGUAAUAUGAAAAAAAGUCUUCCCCCACAGAAUAAACUUGCCCCUCCCUAUUGCUAUUGUUUUUUCCACUUUUUGGAGUAGCAGAUUCCAUAAACCGUGUGAGGACAGUAGCAUCAUGACAUAUUUUCAACACUCUAAAAGAUUGCUCCAAACAUCCCUUGAACAUUGAUCUAACCUCCACUUUAAAAAUGAAGCUUUUACCCAAGAAAAAUUUCCCAAACUCUGCUGGAUUCUUAAUACUUCCAUCCUAACGUUCGUUGUAAAAUUUAAGACAUUAGCUUUUGAGCAAUUAAAUUACCUAACAUAUUAAAAAUGCAUUUAAUAUUUAUCCUUUUAAAGUACAUACUGCAUCUGUCUUUUCCAGCAAUUGGGAACAUGAGGUAUUUAAAAUUGAGGAGGCUUCUUGGUCAAAUAAUACAAACGUAGUUGUUCCAGAAUCAUCCCUAACCGCUAGCUUGAUCAAAUAUAUACAAAAAACAGAUCUAGCAUUUUACGUAAUUUUAAUUAAACAUGCACAGAAAGAUGAUUAGAUGAAUAUGUUUGGAGCUAAAAUAAACCUUGGAGUGACAU